AUCCAACAGAAAGGAUUCCCCGCUUUGUUGAAUCUAUCUUUUCUCUCCAGCUUUUGUACUCAAGAGCUACAUUAGACAAAUCAGAUUAUUUCUUACUGGCAAGCUCCACAAUUAGGGCACACUCUAUAAGAUUAUUAUGUAUCUGUGAUUAAAUGCUGAAUACAUGUUAUGACGGCAGGUCCCAUGUCCAUGAAGAAUCUGUAGUUUUUAGAGUGGGAACUCUUGUACUUCGCACCGCGUUGGGAGGCAGGACAGUGAUUACUGCAGCACAGUGUUCCCAUCUUAUUUCCAGACAGCAGACGGGAGAGGUGUCACCCAUAGCGACUGCUGUUUCAGCAGGAAGAGUUUCCCUUGCACCAUGGACCCUCCCAGCUCUGGCCCGGAGCGAGGCCAGGCCCCCAGCCAGGAGCGCAGCCACAGCGAGGACGAGCGGCGGAGACAGCAGGAGCGGCUCAACAGGGAGGAGGCCUACUACCAGUUCAUCAAUGAGCUGAGCGAGGAGGACUACCGGCUCAUGAGGGACAGCAACCUCCUCGGCACCCCAGGAGAAAUCACUGCUCAGGAACUACGGCAGCGCUUGGAUGGUGCCAAAGAGCGUCUGUCAUCUCAGCCAAGAGCAGAAAACAGUGAAGCUGUCCAACAGGAUAUUAACAGAGGUUCUGAGGCCUCCGGGGAGAGCUCUAACGGGGAUUCUCUGCUGCAGUGGCUCAACACGUUCCGCCGCACAGGCAAUGCCACGCGGAGUGGGCAGAGCGGCAACCAGACCUGGCGAGCCGUGAGCCGGACCAAUCCCAACAGUGGGGAGUUCCGCUUCAGCCUGGAGAUCAACAUCAACCACGACCAGCACGAGCACAGCUACGACUCCGGCAGCGAGCAGCCCGCCGACACCUCCAUCCUGCCCGGCGCCACCGAGAGCGGGAGGCUGCAGAGAUCCACGAGCACCACGGCCAGGCGCACCAGGAACAGCACCACCAGGCUAGACCCCAGCCGCCAAGCAGCCAGGUCGGCAGGCAGGACGAGGAACGCGCAGAGGACUGACAUCACUGAGCCGUCAUCAGCGGCCGCCCAGAGGAGGCUGAGAAGCAGCACGGGCAGGAGAGCCCUAAGAAGGCUGAGAAGUGCCUUGCAACAGAGACCGUUGGGCAGGACUGCCGAGCAGAGGCCAGAGAGAGGGCAGGAAUGCCCCAGGGUUGUCCGGGAAGGUGGAGGCCAGGUGGGUUCCUCUCAGUCUUCGGAGCCCAGGAGUAGCAGGACUAGGACCAGAAUAAACCUAAGGACAGGCGAAGAUAGUGACCCCCAGGGCAGGCGGUCCCGGAGCUCUACGAGCAGGAGAAGUCGCUCACCCCUGCGUCGGUCUAGCACGGCUUCAGCUGCCUCUGCCUCUUCGUCUGCCUCUGCCUCUGCAGCCCAGUUGGAAGAAAGUCUGGACACGUCUGCAGAGCAGAGGCCUAGCAGAGUGAGCGGGAGAGAAGCGGUGAGAAUGGCUGCCUCAGCUAGUGAGGAUGGGCAGCUGGAAAGUGGGAGCCCUUCUGUGGAGCCGCCUUCUGUGGAGCCACCUUCUCUAGGAGCAGCCCCAGAGGGUGUGGUGGAGGAGGCUGAGUCCAACAGCUCCUCUUCAGCCAGUGUAAGGAGACACCCGACCAUCAUGCUGGACCUCCAGGUGAGGAGGAUCCGCCCUGGCGAGAACCGAGACCGGGACAGCAUUGCUAGUCGGACGCGUUCCCGGGUCCGCAUGGCAGAAAACACAGUGACGUUCGAGAGUGACAGCGGCGGCUUCCGACGCACUAUAUCCCGCUCAGAACGGGCGGGGAUACGGACCUACGUCAGCACCAUCCGGAUCCCCCUGCGGCGCAUCUCGGAGACCGGCCUGGGGGAGCCCUCGUCCGUGGCUCUCCGGUCGAUCCUGCGGCAAAUCAUGACCGGCUUCGGGGAGCUGAGUUCCCUGAUGGAGACCGAGGCAGACUCGGAGGGGAACCCAGGUGGCCGUUCUGUAGACAACGGCUCCACCACAAAUUCCUUUCAAAUUCACACCAAUGACAGCAACGCGUCCAGCGUGUCAUUAGCAAGCAGACAACCUGAAGCUGAACCCGCCGCGCCCCUGGGGGUCAGUGCUGGGACCCAGCCGUUGGGGCCGGGCUCAGGAAGCAGGGAGGGCAGGCAGUCCAGCAGAGACACCAACAACCUGGUUGAAAACGGCACGCUGCCCAUCCUCCGCCUGGCGCACUUCUUUCUGCUAAACGAUGACGAGGAUGAUGAGCACCCCAGGGGGUUAACCAAAGAGCAGAUCGACAAUCUGUUGACCCGGAACUAUGGCGAAGGCAACCUGGAGGCAGAACUCAGUAAAACCUGCAGCGUUUGCAUCAACGAGUACGCAGCGGGGAACAAGCUGAGGAGACUGCCCUGCUCCCACGAGUUUCACAUCCACUGUAUCGACCGCUGGCUGUCAGAGAACUCCACCUGUCCCAUUUGCCGGCAGCCUGUCCUCGAUACCCGUCAGAAUUGACAGGCAAACGCAACAGACCAUUUCUCAGAAGAUGGAAGCUUUUGUAAAUACUGCAUUCAUGUUUUAAAUAUUAAAAACCCAUUGUAAUGAGCGGACGGUAGAACCUAAAGGGAAAAAAACAAAAAAAAAAAAAGUAAAGCUAUAUUUUUGUAGACUUCAUUUUUUUUUUUUUUGCUUUGUUUUUUUAAGUUAAGCACUUUCUUAGCAUCAAUGUACUGAAAACAAACUUAAAUAAAAUCAUGCGUUCUCACAGUAACGAUGAAUCCUUUCCGAAGGAGUCGCUUGCACAUGGGGAAACUGUUCUUCAAAAGAUAUACAAUGUUAAGAAAUUAAGAUAACUUGCUGGUUUUUAAGUUUAAACCUUCUUACAGUAGCACUGUGAGGUAGGCCCAUUUUUUUUUUGUGGGGGGGGGGG